CCAGAGUAUGAACAGCUUCUUCCUUCUUUUUAUCUAAUUCAUAAUUUCCUAUUCCAUUCCCCAUUCUACCUCUUAAAUACCACUGUUUUCCCCCUCGGUCAUGCCAUGAUCCUUGAAUGCAAGUGGGUCACGGAUCUCCGAAGCCGACCGACUUUCCUCUCUUCCUGCUCUUCCUCUUUCCCUUCCUCUUCCUCUUCCUCUUCCUCUUCUCUCCCUCCCUUCUUAUCUUGCCGCCUCCCCCUCCCCCUCCCCCUCUCGCCAUCUCCAACUCGACUGCCACCUCGCCAGGAUGCCCCUCCUGGCGUGGCUGCUGGCUCUCGCCCUCUCCAUCGCCCUCUCCGUCACGCCUGUCUCCGCCGCCCAUUCCUCCACGACCCCCCGCAACGAACGCUGUAUCAACGCCAUCGCCUCUGCCUACAACUUCUUCACCUUUGCAGGUCUUCCAAACAGAGGCCGCUGGGAACCAGGCUGCCAGAACCGGCUCCACGUCAUUUCGAUUUACGCGUCGGCUGAGGUCUAUUGCAGCGAUGAGAGCGAUCGGGUGGCCGGGCUGGCGGCGCUGGCCCGCGAGUGCCAACACCACGGCCUCGAAUUCUUACCGCGGGAUGUCCUGGCUGCCAAUCUGACAGAGGAGGCUAUAAUGAACAUGCGGGUCGUGGAUUACAUGGAAGUUCCUCGAGGGGAGGUUGUUGAUCAGCCCGUUCUGCUCUCCUCGGGUUUUUUUGGUCGCAUUCUUCGCACGCAGAAUACGUGGGAGUUUGAAAUGUGGGCACACCAUGCGUACGGAUACGCGAUCAAUUUCUUCUGGAUGGGGUUGAUUCUCGUUGGAUCCCUCAAUCACCUCGUGAAACAUCUCCUCUAUACCAACCGCGCACGUCGACUCGGCCGUUCGAUACCUUCGGUCCUGUGCGUCCCGUUUCGCGCCCUGUACGAAAGCGUCCAGACCCAUCUUAUCGUCCCAGCUCCUCUCGGCGCCGGUCGAAAGAUCCUGUGGUGCACGCUUCCCACGCGGAUUGUGGCGAUCGUUGUCGCUAUCUAUUGGGCAUUGAGCAUUCUGGCCUGUUGUGUGGGAUACCGGCUCUUUUCGGAAAAUAUCUACUGGUCUGAAAUCUCUCAACAAUUGCUGCGAUAUGUCGCCGAUCGCACUGGCAUCCUCUCCUUUGCCAACCUGUCUCUCCUCUGGGUGUUUGGUGUUCGCAACAAUAUCUUCCUUUGGGCCACCGGCUGGAGUUUCGCCACCUUUAACAUCUUCCAUCGCCAUAUCGCUCGGGUGGCCACCUUGCAGGCGGUGGUGCAUACCAUCGUCUACACCUUUCUCAUGUGGGGGAGAGGGAAUAUUGUCAGAAAAUUCAUGAAACCAUAUCUUCUAUGGGGCACCGCAGCCGUUCUCGCCAUGGUUCUGCUGCUCCCCCUUGCCUUCGACUGGCUGCGCCACAAAUCCUACGAAUUCUUCCUCGUCACACACAUCCUCCUCUCAGUUGUCGCCCUUGUCGGCUGUUUCUACCAUGUUGAAAUCUUCGAUGAUCACGCAUACUGGAACUAUCUCUGGCCGGCGACGGCUUUCUGGCUGCUUGACCGCGUCCUGCGUCUUGUCCGGCUAGUGUAUUGCAAUUUACGCGUCCGAUUCGGCCAUGGAACCACGAUCCAAACGACACGGACCAUCGCGACCUACAAUCCCGCAUCGGAUGUCGUCCGUCUCGAAGUGACCCCGGGCGCGUCGCAUCUUCGCGCCGGGCCCGGUCAGUACUAUUUCCUCUACCAGCCUUUCCGGCUGAAAGGGUGGGAGAAUCACCCAUUUACGCUGGGGGCAUGGACCUACCAGUCAACCGACGCGGAUGAAAUUGGCGGCGGCGCAUCACGCAAGAUGACCUCGAUCAUCGACGUGGCACAGAUGCCGCUUCUAUCCGAAGAGGCGACCCGUCCACACCACAGUCCCGGCAUAGAGUCCGAGAUGGAAACUAGUGAAGGUGACGGCAUCACUACUCUUCUUUCCAAAGAAACGCUCAUAUUCUGGAUCCGCCCGUACGACGGCUGGACCCGCUCCCUGCGCGAUCAGUGCCUUGCCUCGCCCAACCGCACGGCAAACCCCAUCAUCCUUCUUGAAGGCGUGUACGGCGACCAGUUCCCGCUGUGGGAGUACGAAUCCGUACUUCUCGUCGCGGGCGGGACGGGCAUCGCCUCUGCGGUGCCGUACAUCCAAACUCACAUCCAAAACAGUAGCAAUUCCACCAAAAAGACUGCUACCGUUACUCGUGACAUACGACUUAUCUGGACAGCCAGACAGGUAGCUUUCAUACAGGACGUUGCCUCUCGCGAACUCCACACCGCACUGGGCCGCUCCGACUUCAACGCCCAGUUCUACUCGACUGCACAAGUACCCAUUCCCACCGAGGAAGAGGAAGACGAAGAGGAAGAAGAACAAGGGGGACGGGGAGACGGCGACAACAACAGGAACGGCACUGCUACUACCAACACAGCCCUGUUACAUAAACAGUUCGAGGCAGAGGAGAUCAUGUACGGCCGGCCCGACCUCCACGCGUUAGUCCUCGAGCAUGCCACCGAGGCCCGCGCGUCGCACGCCUCGGCGGCGGUGUUGGUGUGCGGGCCUGUCUCGAUGGCGGACGAGGUACGCAGGGCGGUCGUCGCGGCGCGAGAAGCAGGCUGUUCGGUGCGAUAUGUCGAGGAGCUGUUCACAUGGUAG